GGAUCAUUAAUAGGGAUUGGAUCUGAUAUGAUUGGUUCCGGAAGAGGUCCACCUAGUUUCUGUGGAGUGUAUGGACAUCGUACUUCUUCAAAUUUAACGCCUAUUGAAUUACAUAGUCCUUAUAUUCAACAUCAUGCAUUAUCUCUUUCUCCUAUCACUAGAUACGCAGUAGAUUUACCACUUGUAUUAAAAUGUAUUGUACCACCUGAAAAAAUCGAAGAAAUUAAAUUAUUUGAAGAGUUUGACGCAAAAACAAUACGUGUUUUCUACAUGUUUGGUAGUGGGAGUAAUUAUCCAACAACAAAAGUAAGCUCCGAAAUAGUCGCUGCAAUGAAAAAGGUUGUGGCCCACUUGGAAGAUGAUGGAUUCUUCACAGAAAACGUGCAAUUGAAGUCGUUUGCCGAUCAAUUCGACAUUGCUUACAUAAAUCUUUUAAGCAUGGAAGGUGCAUAUGAAGAGAUGUCAUACAAAAACAUUUCAUUAUUUGUGGAAUGGAUUCGAACAAUGUUUUGUAGUCCACGAAUUGUUUUGUCAAUACUUUUGUUUGAAAUGUUGUAUUUCUUCUCCAAAAUUCUGGGUAGUGAGGAGGUAUUUGAAAGACAUAAGAUAUUAUUGAAAGAAAUGAAAAAAGAAGUUGAGGAAAUGCUUGGGGAUGAUGGUGUGUUACUGUAUCCAACAUUUCCCAGUGUAGCGCCUGUUCACGGACAAAUCUACGCGAAAACAAUGGAUCCUUGUUAUAUGGGCAUAUUCAACGCGCUGGAUCUGACUUCUUGUGUGGUACCUAUUGGGAAAAAUUCUAAUGGAUUACCCAUAGGAAUACAAGUUGUUGCAAAACAAUUAAAUGACAGGGUACCAAUGAAACUAGCAAGAUACUUGGAGACUACUUAUGGAGGCUGGACACCACCUGAAUAUUCUACACCGCAUAAAAAAUAAUUGCUUAUCAACAUUCCAUUUAUGAUUUAAUAUUUAUAAAUAGACUGUUAUCUUAUUUUAUCAGUUGUAACUGAUUUUUCACUCUAAACUAUUUGUAAGUGAAUGUUAUAAAUCAACACAGACGAAAAAACUGGUUGAGCACUCGAAAAUCAAUAAUAAUUGCAUCGAUCCCCAGCAACAAUUUAUUUAUUUCAUUUUGCGCUCACGGCUCCGCGAGAAAGUUAUCACUAAUAUUCAUUUGAGUGCGCGCCGAGCAUACGAGAGAGUGAAAUUGUGUUUGUUCCGUGUUGAGAAGGAAAGGAAGACAAACAAAGUGCAACUCUCUGCACAUUACAUUUUGUGCAUUCGGCUGCGGUGAAAUUAUUAUAACAUAGCCAGUCAUAACAUACUCACUCGAUAUAAUCGUCAUCACAAGGCAAUGGGCAACGCCACUGAGGGAUUAGUGUGUGUGCAGUAUCGUUUGAUAGCUGCUAUAUUUGUUUUUCUUUAUUAUGUGUAUAAUGUAAUCGCUGGAUUUGUCUAUGGUGAUACCACACCUAAAAAACUCCCGAGAACAGAAAAUGAUAUUUUUAAGAAAAGCGCAACACAAUUAGCAAGAGAAAUUCGUCAAAGAAAAAUCACCAGCACAAUUGUUGUAUCGGCGUUUAUCGAGCGUCAGAAACAAGUGAACCCUAUUAUCAAUGCUAUCGUCGCUGACCGCUAUGACGAUGCAUUAUUUGAAGCAAAGGAAGUGGAUAAAUUCCUUGCUGAAACUACAAAAACUGAAGAUGAAAUAGCAAAUGAUAAACCUUUACUUGGCGUACCUGUUACCAUCAAAGAAAGUUGUUCUGUAAAAGGAUUGAAUCUUGUGGUUGGUGCCCGUGAGCGUAUUGGCAUCAAAGCAGAAGAAAAUGGCGCAGCUGUACAAAAAUUAGUAAAUGCAGGAGCUAUUCCAUUGUGUGUCACAACAACGCCUGAAUUUUGUCUAAGCACCGAAACAAAUAAUUUAGUCACCGGUAAAACCAACAAUCCAUAUAAUGUUAAUUAUGCAUCUGGGGGAUCGUCAGGUGGUGAAGGCGCUAUUAUUUCUUCAGCCGGAAGUGUAAUUGGUAUUGGGUCAGAUUUAGCAGGUUCUAUAAGAAUACCAGCAGCGUUUUGUGGUAUUUUUGGUCAUAAACCAUCUACAGGUCUUGUUGAUUUAGUUGGUCACGUUCCAUAUUCAGAAGAAGUAAUUUUCCAAAAAAUGUUAACCAUUGGACCAUUAUGCAGAUAUGCAGAAGAUCUCCUACUCAUGACUAAAAUAUUAACAGAAAAUAAUUCUUUGUUGCAACUGGAUGAUCCUGUGAAAUUGAGUAAUUUAAAAAUGUAUUACAUGGUUGAUGGCGGAAGCUGCUUUGGAUCAAUGGGUGUACACAAAAAAAUCAAACAACGUAUUCGUGAUGCAGUUGACCACUUCCGCAAAACAUGGGAUUGUGAUAUGAGUGAUUGCAAGUUUGAUGAAGUGCAAUAUACAAACGAAGCAAAUCUCACUUUCAUGUUGAGUUUUGAUGAUAAACAAUAUAAUCCAAACUUAAGUAUUCUCUUCCAAUUGUUAAAAACAAUAUUUGGCAAAGCAGAUAUUUCAGCUGCACGUUUAUUCUACUUAUGUGUAAAAAAUGACAAGUUUAUAAUGCCUAACGACGUGGAAAAAAUGAAACAUUUCGUUGACUUCCUGGCGGAUAAAAUAAAUAAAGAAUUAGGUGAUAAUGGAGUGUUUUUCUAUCCCGUGUUUCCGUCGUCUGCAUUCCGACAUGGCAUGUCCGUGUUCACCAGUAGUUCCAUGUCAUAUUUGUCACUUGCUAAUAUCACUGGGCUACCUGCUACUACAAUACCAGUGGGUUUCAUCGAGAAUGGAUUACCUAUUGGGAUUCAGGUGAUGGCCGGGAAAAAUCAAGACCGUCUGUGUUUGAGUGUUGCCAAAGAGCUUGAGACUGUUUUCGGGGGUUGGAUGUCACCGUACUAAUUUUUUUAUUUUUAAAAAUUUUAAUUUAAUUUUAAUUGAUUUUUUACUUGUUUAUCAAUAGAAUAGGUAAUAAAUAUUUUAAUUUUGAAA